UCAUCAUCAUCAGCUUACGUUAAUCUUGCAUGUAAAUUUAUAUGAAUUAUAAUUUCCAGGCAAAAAGAGAAAGCUGAAACCCCUGAUUGAUUGAGAGAACCUUAUCUUGAAUAAUUAAGAGAACAAAAACUAUUUUCCACCACUCAUAGCACACCCCUAUCUGCUCUGGAAAAGCCAAGAGACCUUUUUGUUUUGGUCAUCAAUACCUCUCAGUAUUUUAUACUAAAAUAUACUUCUUCUGCACCAGACGCAGAUCUGCCCCCCUCUCUCUUUCUCUCUGCUGAGGCAACUGCUGCAAAACCCACAUUCCAGUUUCACUUCCAGCCGUUUUCAGGCAGUUCCCAGGGAGGAGUAGGUGAAAAUGGCACAGAUUCUGGCGCCCUCUUCACAAUGGCAGAUGAGAAUAGCAAAGAAUUCAGCACCUGCAUGUCCCAUGACUGCAAAGAUGUGGAGUUCUCUAGUUUUGAAGCAGAACAAGAAAGGAAUAGCUAAAAGCUCUGCUAAAUUUAGAGUGUUUGCCCUCAAGUCUGAGAACAGCACUAUCAAUAGGAUGGAGGAUCUUCUAAAUUUGGACCUUACUCCGUACACUGACAAGUUCAUUGCUGAGUACAUCUGGAUUGGAGGAUCUGGCAUUGAUCUUCGUAGCAAGUCAAGGACAAUUUCAAAGCCUAUAGAGCAUCCAUCUGAGCUUCCCAAGUGGAACUAUGAUGGAUCAAGUACUGGACAAGCACCAGGAGAGGAUAGCGAGGUUAUUCUAUAUCCCCAGGCAAUUUUCAAGGAUCCAUUCCGUGGAGGUAACAACAUCUUGGUUAUGUGUGAUACAUACACGCCACAAGGUGAGCCCAUCCCUACAAACAAACGCCAUCGGGCUGCUGAGAUUUUCAGUAACAAGAAGGUUAUAGAUGAAGUUCCAUGGUUUGGGAUAGAGCAAGAGUACACCUUACUUCAAACAAACGUGAAGUGGCCUUUGGGCUGGCCUGUUGGAGGCUAUCCUGGUCCUCAGGGUCCUUAUUAUUGUGGUGCUGGAGCUGAUAAGUCUUUUGGUCGUGACAUAUCAGAUGCACAUUACAAGGCUUGUAUGUAUGCUGGAAUUAACAUUAGUGGCACCAAUGGAGAGGUUAUGCCAGGCCAGUGGGAGUAUCAGGUGGGUCCCAGUGUGGGCAUUGAUGCUGGAGACCAUAUCUGGAUUUCGAGAUACAUUCUAGAGAGAAUCACUGAACAAGCUGGUGUUGUGCUCUCACUCGAUCCAAAACCAAUAGAGGGUGAUUGGAAUGGUGCUGGAUGCCACACCAAUUAUAGCACAAAGACCAUGAGGGAGGAAGGAGGGUUUGAAGCAAUAAAGAAGGCAAUCUUAAAUCUGUCACUUCGCCAUAAGGAACACAUUAGUGCCUAUGGUGAAGGAAAUGAGAGAAGGUUGACAGGAAAGCAUGAGACAGCAAGCAUUGACACAUUUUCCUGGGGAGUGGCUAAUCGUGGUUGCUCCAUCCGGGUGGGACGUGAAACUGAGAAGCAAGGAAAAGGUUACUUGGAGGAUAGACGUCCAGCCUCAAACAUGGACCCUUAUAUCGUGACCUCGCUGCUGGCUGAGACUACAAUUUUGUAUGAACCAACACUCGAGGCUGAAGCUCUUGCGGCUCAGAAGCUGUCUAUGAAUGUCUGAUAUCUGUUGGUUAAAGAUAACCUGAAGAGACUCAGGGAGCAUCACUUGGAUCUAGAUGGCCUGCACAUGGGAAACUUUUCUCAUAAUUCUCCUGGAAAGAUCCUUGUAAAUAAAGACCCUGGUGUGGAUUCAUGCCUAAUAUUGUAAAAUGGCCUCUUAGAUUGAAGACAUUCUUCAUGGUGAGUUCUGGAUAAUUUAUUUUGAUUUUCAAACCAUCACUGUUUUGGACCUUUUUACUCUUGGGUUUUGAUUAUUUCCCCCUCAAGGGUAAGGAAUUGAAGGCAUUUCUUCAAAAUAAGACUACGCAUUUCAUAA